AGGGCUGCGGAUCCUCUGGUCCGAAACGAAGGGGCCGGUUGCCGGACCCUUCGGGUUCAAGCCGAACCGCAGACGUGCCUUCACACCCCGCUCCGCCUCCCUGUGUGUUAACACCGUGCUUCUCCCGCGCUGACCAGGUGACCUUUAGGCUCUGGGCUGGAUCGGAGAAGAAAUUGGUGUCUGCGGGGGAUGAUGCCUGAGCAGAAGAGACAGAUUACAGCUAGCGAAGGGGCCAGUCGGAAAAUCUUAUCUAAACUUUCUCUGCCUGCUCAUGCCUGGGAACCAGCAAUGAAGCAGAGUUUCGCCUUUGACAAUGUUGGCUACGAUGGUGGUCUGGACGGUGUGUUCUCUUCCUCUCAGACAGCCACCAGCACCAUCAGCAUUUUGGGCAUGACUUGCCAGUCAUGUGUAAAGUCCAUUGAGGACAGGAUUUCCAGUUUGAAUGGUAUUGUGAGCAUUAAGGUUUCUCUGGAACAAGGUAGUGCAACUGUGAAAUAUGUGCCAUCAGUCAUGAGCCUGCAACAGGUUUGCCAUCAAAUUGGGGACAUGGGCUUUGAGGCUAGCAUUGCCAAAGGAAAGGCUGCCUCCUGGCCCUCAAGGUCCUCACACACCCAGGAGGCUGUGGUCAAGCUCCGGGUGGAGGGCAUGACCUGCCAAUCCUGUGUCAGCUCCAUCGAAGGCAAGAUCGGGAAACUGCAAGGAGUCAUGAGAGUCAAAGUCUCACUUGGCAACCAAGAGGCAACCAUCACUUAUCAGCCGUAUCUUAUUCAACCAGAAGACCUCAGGGACUAUGUAAAUGACAUGGGGUUUGAAGCUGCCAUCAAGAACAAAAUGGCUCCCUUAAGCCUGGGACCAAUUGAUAUUGGGCGGUUACAAAGCAUUAACCCAAAGAGACCUUCAGCUUCUGCCAACCAGAAUUUCAAUAAUUCUGAGACCUUGGAGCACCAAGGAAGCCAUAUGGUCACCCUGCAACUGAGAGUAGAUGGAAUGCAUUGUAAGUCUUGCGUCUUGAAUAUUGAGGAAAAUAUAGGCCAACUCUCAGGGGUUCAAGAUAUUCAAGUGUCCUUGGAGAACAGAACUGCCCAAGUGCAGUAUGAUCCUUCUUGUAUCACCCCAGUGGCUCUGCAGAGGGCCAUUGAGGCGCUACCACCCGGGAAUUUCAAAGUUUCUUUUCCUGAUGGAGCAGAAAGGAGUGGGACAGAUAAUGGAUCUUCCACUAGUCAUUCUCCUGGCUCCCCGCAGAGCAACCAGGUGCAGGGCACGUGCAGUACUGUGGUGCUCACCAUCGCUGGCAUGACGUGUGCAUCCUGUGUCCAGUCCAUUGAAGGCGUGAUCUCCAAACGAGAAGGGGUGCAGCGAGUAUCAGUCUCUUUGGCUGAAGGGACUGGAACAGUUCUUUAUGAUCCCUCUGUAAUUAGCCCAGAAGAACUCAGAGCUGCUGUGGAAGACAUGGGAUUUGAGGCUUCGGUCAUUCCUGAAAACUAUUCUAGCAACCAAGUUGGAAACCACAAUGCUGGGAAUUUCAUGAUGCAAACUACAGGUGGCACACCUACAUCUGUGCAGGAAGUGGCUCCCCAUGCUGGGAGGAUCCCUGAAAACCAUGACCCUGGUCGCUUGUCAAAAUCCCCACCCACCAGAACAGUGGCACUGCAGAAGUGUUUUUUAAAGAUCAGUGGCAUGACCUGUGCAUCCUGUGUGUCUAACAUAGAAAGAAAUCUGCAGAAGGAAGCUGGUAUUCUCUCCGUGCUGGUUGCCUUGAUGGCAGGAAAGGCAGAGGUCAAGUACAACCCAGAGGUCAUCCAGCCACUGGAGAUAGCUCAGCUCAUCCAGAACCUGGGCUUUGAGGCGGCAGUCAUGGAAGACUAUGUGGGCUCUGACGGCGACAUGGAGCUGAUUAUCACGGGGAUGACCUGUGCUUCCUGUGUUCACAACAUAGAGUCCAGGCUCACAAGGACAAAUGGCAUCACCUAUGCCUCUGUGGCCCUCGCCACCAGCAAAGCUCACAUUAAGUUUGAUCCAGAAAUUAUCGGUCCACGGGAUAUUGUCAAAAUUAUUGAGGAAAUUGGCUUUCAUGCUUCCCUGGCCCAGAGAAAUCCCAACGCUCAUCACUUGGACCACAGGAUGGAAAUAAAGCAGUGGAAGAAGUCUUUCUUGUGCAGCCUGGUGUUUGGCAUCCCUGUUAUGGGUUUGAUGAUCUAUAUGUUAAUACCCAGCAACGAACCCCAUGAGUCUAUGGUCCUGGACCACAACAUCAUUCCAGGACUGUCCAUUCUAAAUCUCAUCUUCUUUAUCUUGUGUACCUUUGUCCAGUUCCUCGGAGGGUGGUACUUCUACGUUCAGGCCUACAAAUCUCUGAGACACAGGUCAGCCAACAUGGAUGUACUCAUUGUCCUGGCCACAAGCAUUGCCUACGUAUACUCGCUUGUCAUCCUGGCAGUUGCUGUGGCUGAGAAGGCAGAGAGGAGCCCUGUGACGUUCUUUGACACGCCCCCCAUGCUCUUCGUGUUCAUUGCCCUGGGGCGGUGGCUGGAGCACGUGGCAAAGAGCAAAACCUCAGAAGCCCUUGCCAAACUCAUGUCUCUCCAAGCCACAGAAGCCACCAUUGUGACCCUUGGGGAGGACAACUUAAUUAUCAGAGAGGAGCAAGUACCUAUGGAGCUGGUGCAGCGGGGUGAUAUCAUCAAGGUUGUCCCCGGGGGAAAGUUCCCAGUGGAUGGGAAAGUCCUAGAAGGCAGCACCAUGGCUGACGAGUCCCUCAUCACAGGAGAAGCCAUGCCAGUCACGAAGAAACCUGGAAGCAUCGUGAUUGCUGGCUCUAUAAAUGCACAUGGCUCUGUGCUCGUUAGUGCCACCCAUGUGGGCAGCGACACCACUUUGGCUCAGAUUGUGAAAUUGGUGGAAGAGGCUCAGAUGUCAAAGGCACCCAUUCAGCAACUGGCUGACCGGUUCAGUGGAUAUUUUGUCCCAUUUAUCAUCAUCAUUUCAACUUUGACGUUGGUGGUGUGGAUUGUAAUCGGUUUUAUCGAUUUUGGUGUUGUUCAGAAAUACUUUCCUAACCCCAACAAGCACAUCUCCCAGACAGAAGUGGUCCUCCGGUUUGCAUUCCAGACAUCCAUCACGGUGCUGUGCAUCGCCUGCCCCUGCUCCUUGGGGCUGGCCACGCCCACGGCAGUCAUGGUGGGCACUGGGGUGGCCGCCCAGAACGGCAUCCUCAUCAAGGGGGGUAAGCCCCUGGAGAUGGCGCACAAGAUAAAGACUGUGAUGUUUGACAAAACUGGCACCAUUACCCAUGGUGCCCCCAGGGUCAUGCGGUUCCUCCUGCUUGUGGACGUGGCUGCACUGCCCCUCAGGAAGGUUCUGGCUGUGGUGGGAACUGCAGAAGCCAGCAGCGAGCACCCCUUGGGUGUAGCGGUCACCAGGUACUGUAAAGAGGAACUUGGAACAGAAACCUUGGGGUACUGCACAGACUUCCAGGCGGUGCCAGGCUGUGGAAUCGGGUGCAAAGUCAGCAGCGUGGAUGGCCUCUUGGCCCACAGUGAGCACCGACUGGGUGAAUGGGCCACUCAUGUGAAUGGGGUUGGCAGCCCUCCUGCAGAAAAAGAUAUAGCCCCCCAGACCUUCUCUGUGCUGAUUGGAAACCGCGAAUGGAUGAAGCGUAACGGCUUAACCAUCUCCAGCGACGUCAGUGACGCUAUGACUGAUCACGAGAUGAAAGGACAGACAGCCAUCCUGGUGGCCAUUGACGGUGUGCUCUGUGGGAUGAUUGCCAUCGCAGAUGCUGUCAAGCAGGAGGCUGCCCUGGCCGUGCACACGCUGAAAAGCAUGGGUGUGGACGUGGCUCUGAUCACGGGGGACAAUCGGAAGACAGCAAGGGCCAUUGCCACCCAGGUUGGCAUCAACAAAGUCUUUGCAGAGGUUCUCCCUUCUCAUAAGGUGGCCAAGGUCCAGGAGCUUCAGAACAAAGGGAAGAAAGUCGCCAUGGUAGGAGAUGGAGUUAACGACUCUCCGGCCCUGGCCCAGGCUGAUGUGGGCAUUGCCAUUGGGACCGGGACGGACGUUGCCAUCGAGGCGGCUGACGUCGUCCUCAUCAGAAAUGAUUUACUCGAUGUGGUGGCCAGCAUUCACCUGUCCAAGAGGACUGUCCGUAGAAUACGAGUCAAUCUGGUCCUGGCGCUGAUUUAUAACCUGAUUGGGAUACCCAUUGCAGCAGGUGUCUUCAUGCCCAUUGGCAUCGUGCUACAGCCAUGGAUGGGCUCAGCAGCCAUGGCAGCCUCCUCUGUGUCCGUGGUACUCUCCUCCCUGCAGCUCAAGUGCUACAAGAAGCCCGACCUGGAGAAGUACGAAAUGCAGGCCCAUGGCCGCAUGAAGCCCCUGAGCCCGUCUCAGGUCAGCGUGCACAUCGGCAUGGAUGACCGGUGGCGAGACUCCCCCAGGGCCCCGGCGUGGGACCAGGUCAGCUACGUCAGCCAGGUGUCUCUGUCCUCCCUGACGUCCGACAGGCUGUCUUGGCACAGUACCAUGAUGGACGAUGGUGGGGACAAGUGGUCUCUGCUCCUGAAUGACAAGGACGAGGAGCAGUACAUCUGAGAGCUCCAGGUGGGGCCAGAUCCAGGACAGGGCAGGGGCCCAGCUCCCUCUGGCAAAGCGGCAUCUGUUUGCUGUCUGCACCACCAGCAGGGGAAUCACGCUUGCCUCUAGCCCUGGGGACUUCCACUCCCUGGACCUUUCCAGUCAUCCCUCCCUGCAGCACAUGGCCCAUCCAGCUGUGGCUGGCAUUGGCUUGUGUGUGGCUACUGUUAGUCCUGUCAACAUUGCCAGUUGUAGCACUCUUAAUCCUGUUUGUGACGCCAAUUAUAAAGCUAGGUGACCA